AUGCGAGGACGAGGAAAAAGUAGACGACCCCUCAUCUCUGCGCCCAUAGGUCCUGUCAAAAACUCUAGAGGUGCCGAUCUUAUCCGAAGCGAGAGGCUUGUCAUUGUUGAUGCCAUCAAAGACUGCGAAACAGACAGCUCUGGCUCGACUCUCGAAAGCCACAGCCGUUUGCGAGCGCAGAAUUUGAGGUGCAUCUCCGACGGCUUUGACAGUGACGGACAUUUACAAAGCAGCCCUACCGUCGAAAGCUUUGACAUUGCUGCCAAGCCAACCAUCAAAGCCGGCCCUGAUCCAACAUCUUCAAAGAGGCUACGCAGAAGCCUUCUAUCUUCUACCUCAUCCAUACCGAAGCCAUCUUUUAAAAUAGCAUCAACGACUGCGCCUUUGUCAGUGCCAAUUGUCGCCGAGCAGGAUGAGAAUAUCCCUCCUGCGUCAGGUGGAUUUUCCCGUUUAGAUCCACCAACACCACGCUUGGUCAAUAAACUUCCAAAGUCUCGAACUAUGAGUGCCCUCCAGGACUUGAAAACAUCUAUUUCUCGGCCAUCGUUGGCUGCUCGCUCUAUCAACACUUCUGCUUUUAGUGGCACUUCUGCCAAGAUAUCCCCAUCUUCUACUGCAAAAACUACAACUCCUCCCCAGCUUUCAAAAUUAAACCUCAUGCAACCAUCUACAAUAUCGCUGGCCAAGUCGGUCCAAAGUUGCUCUUCUGAGGCUCCGUCCAUUCGGAUUAGCAACGCACAAUCAUCCGCCUAUUGGUCUGGCCGGUUUAUGGCCCUUCAUGACCGAUUCUCAUCUGAAAACCUUGCCGCAGAUGCCCGUGAAUCUCGCCAAUCUCUAGCCGGCUCGUGUUCAGCCCAGGCGAAAACUCCUUAUAGCAGCCUGUAUCAGCGAACAUCUCAUCUCCCUACUUCAACCACUACUUCAGCUCUGCGGACUCUCAUGACUUCAUCUAAUUCUCCGUCAGUCACUGAAGAAGACACACGUUGCCGUCGCGUAUUCGAUUAUCUUGACUCACUUUGCAUUACAAUCGAAGCACGGCGCUCCCUGCAUGCCUGGCAGCAAGCUUACGCUCGUCGAAAUGGCCGGCCCUCUCUACUUCCCGAAGGUGGCUCCAUGGAAGAGAAAGGCUUCAUGGCAAAGAUUUUCGGCAGCUCACAUGUUGGAAUGGAACUGGAAAUGGGACCCUGGAAUGUAUACGUGGAAAAUAUUGCGUCUAAUGGUUUGAAUGAAAUAGCUGUUGCUUGA